ACCCUCUCACUGGACAUAGUCCUCCAUUUUAUCUCUCUUUUACUGGGAUAUUUACAUGCGCGUCGUUUUCGUCCUGCUGUCUUGACUACAAACAAAAGCUGGGAGUUUCGUAAGACCCACACAAUUGGAAACACCUAGAUCUCAGUUCGGAGUUUGGUGGGUGUUGUUAACCAGCCCUUUGCCUUCAUCCGCCAAUCAGUAGGGCGCGAGAGCAAGUUGGGUGUUGUUGGCACAAGUUGGGCACGAGAGCGCACGCGAAAGGACAAUAUUUCACAAGCCGUGGCGUGACGCCUACGAUUAAUCAAGCUUUGAGUUUUAAUUCGAGUCUUAAGUCAGGCAGGUUUUAGUCCAAUAUAAUUCAUUUGUAGGUUAUUAAAAUAAACGGCAAACAUCAUGGUGACACUGACAGCGAUCGUCGCGCCUCUCGGUCGGCAGAUCCACAGGCAUCUGGUGAAGCAUGUCAGAAGCCAGCGCUGGACACCGUCUCGGGCAUGUAACUUGUCUGCAUGCUCCAGCAAAUUAGUUUUCAGUCAAGUGCAUCCGAUGUGGCAGGAGCCACUGUCCAUUCCUGGUGGAGAUCGCCAGUCGCCUAUUGACAUUGUGGUGCGUAAAAGCAUGUUUGAUCCACAACUCAGACCUCUGAAGGUACAAUAUGACCCAAGGACCUGCCAGCAGAUCUGGAAUAAUGGCUACUCUUUUCUGGUCGAGUAUGACGACACCACUGACAAAUCCACUCUGAAAGGAGGACCUCUGGAGGAUCAGUUCAGACUGUGUCAGUUUCAUUUUCACUGGGGGGAGAACAACGCCUGGGGCUCUGAACACUCCAUAGACCGCCGCCUUUACGCUGCUGAGCUCCAUCUUGUUCACUGGAACUCAGACAAGUACAGUUUGUUUGAGGAGGCUGUUAUUGAGGAGAAUGGACUAGCUGUUAUCGCGGUCUUUCUGAAGAUUGGAAAGAGACACGAGGGUUUGCAGAAACUGGUGGAUGCCUUGCCUGCGGUCAGGCACAAGGAUAGCGUGGUAGAGUUCACCAAGUUUGACCCUGCAUGUCUCCUCCCGGAGAACAUCGAUGACUAUUGGACAUAUGCAGGUUCUCUGACCACUCCUCCUCUUACUGAGGCAGUGACAUGGAUUGUGAUGAAACAGCACAUUGAAGUCAGUCAUGAUCAGUUGGCAGUGUUUCGAAGCUUGCUGUUCACAUCGGCAGAAGAGCAGGUGCAGCGAAGCAUGGUCAACAACUUCCGCGUUCAGCAGGCUGUGAAGGGACGGACUGUCCGCUCUUCUUUCACCCCCUUCCUCCAAGAUGCUCCCUCUAUGAAGUAGCAACAAAACUCAGUGACCUAAUUAACAUCUUAACUUCCAAAACAAGCACAGACUCACUCUUUACUGUGGACUGCUGAUAUCCGUAAAGUCUUAACUGGAUUUUUAAAAAUGUUUUCACCAUUUCCAACCAGGCAUUUAGGUAUAGAUUGGAGAGAUUUCAUUGAAAGGGAUUAUCAAAAAUGUAGUUUAGUUAUUGAAGGGCCUGUUUAUUCCUCUGACAAAAGGUUCAUGCAAUUCAUUACGCUGUAUUUCUACAAGUUUUGAAAAUAAUACUAGAAUUCAGAAAAUUCUAAUUUCAGUAUGAAACAUGCACAUUUCCUUUCAAUAUAGUAGCAAAGGGUGUCCACUUUUGAGGACAAACAGCCCCCUUGUGGAUAACUGACAGAAUGCAAAUGGGAUGGGUGGGGGGUGUUCAGUAGUUUUAGUUUAGUGGCAGACUUACCUUGUUUGCUGCGAGGGAAUUUCUUUUAUGCAUGAAACUGCACAAUGCCUUUCACUUUUGAUUGGUUUUUAGAUGGUAAAUAAUCUUAAGUAUUUUCAGUAGAUCUAAUUAACAUGUAGAGAGAAAAUUGGAGAUAUUUUAAGGCUACAUUUGAAUAUUGCAGUAUAGAUAAGACUAUAAAUAUAGUCUUUAUGAAAGGUGCACUAGAUAUUUAGAGGUGUGAAAGGAAGAGGAGUAGAUUAAUGCGCACAACUGUUUAGUGAAGAUGCGUUACUGCACUUGCUGUGUACUUUAGAUUUGUAUAGAAUAUAUUAUCAUCAUUAGUGCCUUUUUCGUUGUACUCAGUUAUCUGAUCAACUGCACAAGUGGUUGACCAUAAUUGCCUUUCGGCAAAACGUGUGCCUCCAGUUCAAAUCUCUUAUAGUCGUUGUUGUUCUCAUCCAUUAAGCUCAUGAUCGUAAUUGUUCAUCAGUGGAUCUUUAACGUGUAUUUAGUGUCAGUGGUUUUAAAACAAUAACAGAGAAACUGUGUUUAUGUAAGAACUGUCCUUGUAUAAAAUGUAUUUGGGAGCACCUGGAUGUGUCUUUCCACUCUAUGUCACGAAAUACCUUUGAGAGAGGGACCUCCAUUUUUGCUUUAUUUAAUUUCUCCACUAGAGGCACACAUGAGAGCAGGCACAAUGUAAAAAUGAGAUCUACAGUAAGACCAAAUUGAUUGUUAUAGGCUAGUUUAAUCUUGGUGCAUUCCGUUUUCCUUUAAACAUGCUGUAAUUGGCAAUAAGAAUGAAACGGUUAAAAUGAGACAUUAAGAUUGUUCGAAACGUCCAGGACCUGUAGUAUUAUUUAUCUGUAAAUGAAUUGUGCAUUUACAUCAUGGGGAGUUUGAUAUCUAGAAGAUGGUUGAGAAGUAACGUCAAUGUUCAGUUGUUUCAGGGAGGUGCAGAACUGCAGAAGUUCAGCAUGCAGCUUUAUAAUUGCCAAGAGGCGCUGUCUCUUUGUAAUGGCUGAAUAACAAUGUUCUUGUAUAAACUGUCCCCAAAGUGGCCUCUCGUUUGAAUGGGCCACCUGGUUUUCUCCCUAUUGGGUUCAUGGUUGAAAUUCAGAGUGAUACUAACUAGACUGGAAAGCUGGAUUUGUACUGUACAAACACUAGGUUACAUGGAGACUGGGAUCCAUUCCCUACACCUGCCCAAGUCUUUAGCUGCUCUCAGAGUAGUGUACAUUUUCACAUCAGGAGGCGCUGGAACAAUGUUUUCUCAUUGAAGCAGAGUUGAAGAGUGUGAAGACACCUUUUGUUGUUUGAAUUUGAAUUAUGCAGUGGAUGAAUUACAGUUUGAGGUAGUGUGACAUUCUGACCCUUUCUGCUGUAAUGGGUUAGCGUGAGGGACAUGGAUUUAUGUUUUUUUUUUUUUUUUUCCUCCACACUUAGGAUUUGCCUCUGUUUUGUAGUUUGAGGCCUUCCAUUUUUAGGGAAAUUAAUAAUCACAGUUUAACACUAAAACUAGUUUUGUUUUAAAGACGGCCUCAUCCUUCACUUAUCAUCUUAAGUCAUUUUCAUAACUGUCACUUAUGCUGCCUUUUAUCAAUUGUAUAAUGCAAAUGUAUGCAGAACUUUAAUAUGAUUUCUUUGUUGUAUUGCAUGCAAGUGCUUUAUUUUAUUCAUUUGUUUUGUGGGAUUUUUGUUUGGAACCUGAAGUCUUUUUACAUCUGGGCAGUGUUGGGCUAGUUACUCAAAGAAUGUAAUAUUACUCAUUACUAGUUACUCCUUUCAAAAGUAAUAUUGUUACUUUACUUAUUACUUUUUGGGAACAGUAAUUAGCUACACUACUAGUUACAUUACUUUUUCUUCAUGCCUGUGAUGAUACACAACUGUGUAUCUUCCACACAAAAUUCUUCUAGAAUGUUACUAACAACAUAUUUCUGCCUCAUCAUUUGACCAAAAUCCACAUUGGAUCGCAGUCAGAAGUUAUUACAAACACUCAAUAGUGACUGAUAGUGGCAUUCAAGUAGAAGUGUUGUAUUCAUCUCAUUAAUUGUCAUGUGUAGCUUGAAGUAAUUUUUCCGUUACCCAUAUGAUAUUAUCAAAUCACAUGAGUUUGUAAGAAACUGUUUAAUUUUCCAAAAAUAUUUUAAAAUUAUAUUAAUAUAAUGUACCACAUGCUGAUCAGAGGGAUGUAAUGCCAGCGUAAAGUAAAGCCACAACUUACACAACAGAUCUUUUUUCCUGACAAAAUCAAUAUGAUGCAAUAUUUCUAUCUGCUGAAUGUAAGCUUUUCCAUAUUCCAAGCUUGCCUGCUGCACUGGGACAUCACAUGCAUGUGCGAGUCGUGAAAAUAAAUCUAGGAAUUAUUUGAUUGUUAGAUUUUAAAUCAGCGGGGUUGAGGCAUCAAAAGUAACUAAGCUAUUUUAUGGAAAGUAACUGUAAUAUUAUUACUGAAAUCUUAUUAGUAAUUAGUUACACUACUAGUUACUGCAAAAAGUAAUAUUACUACAGUAACUAAAUUACUAGUAAGUAGUUACUGCCCAAAACUGCAUCUGGGCCAUUUUUGGUUAAUUUAGUUUUGUUUUACUUUUGGGCGGACACAAGCAUGUGCCCUAGGGAUUUAAGCAGGAAGAGGGUGUUGCCGGAGGUUUAUGGAGGCCCCAUCCCAGCAAGUGUUGUUGCACCAGGUGCUGGUUAGGUCCGGAUCAGCUGCACUAUAAAAAGUGCAUGUUUUGGCGGACUAAGCAGAGGGGGAGCCUACAGACCCAGAGGUGAACGUCAACAAACUUCUCAUUCAUGCUGUCUGACAUGUUGUGUAUUAGAAUUUUAAUGUAUAAAACUGAAAUAAAAAACAAUUUUGAGCUACGUC